AAAGUGAAGAGGUGUAAGCUAUAUUUUUUUAGCCCCUCUCCCUUCGUUCUCCCUCUCUCUCUCUCUCUCUCUCUCCCCCCACUCUGAUCAGCAAUGUUCCCAGCCCUAAAGAUACUUCAAUUGGUUUGUCAAGGAAAACACAGAAGUCUACUUGGUGUUGCCCAAUCGUUCUCAAGCAACAAAUGAACUGAUAUAUCAGGAUGAUGAUGAUGGACUGUUGUACUUUGUUUUGAUCAUUGUGCACAUAACUAGACCACUGUAUUAUUUGGGAUCAUAAGUAGCAUAAACUAGCGGACCAUUUAAACCAAGUUCAAUGGGCUCCAGAUUUCCAUCUCAUCAGCUUAGCAAUGGCCUCUAUGUCUCUGGCCGGCCUGAGCAGGCAAAGGAAAAGCUGCCGACUAUGACUUCUGUGGCGAUGCCUUACACUGGUGGAGAUAUCAAAAAAUCUGGGGAACUUGGAAAGAUGUUUGAUGUGCAUGCAGAGAUAUCCAAGUCAAGGAAAUCGGGACCCCUUAAUGCUCCCUCCCGAACUGGAUCAUUUACAGCUGGCACAGCACACUCGGGACAAAUGCCAAAUCCCAGCAGCCGGUCUACACAUUUCUCGGGUCCCGUUCCAUCAGGUUCUGCUUCAUCCAUGGUUACCGGAGGAUCAAAACGGACCAAUUCUGGACCUCUAAAUAGGCAAGGGGAAUCAAUUAAGAGGUCAUCUGGCCCUCAGUCUGGUAGUAUUCCGAUGGCUCGGCAGAAUUCAGGUCCCAUUCCAAUGAUCCCGGCUACUGGCCUCAUUACAUCUGGCCCUAUUUCUUCUGGUCCACUUAAUUCUGCUGGUGCCCCUCGUAAAGUUUCUGGUUCUCUUGAUUCUACUGGUUCUCUCAAGCUACAUAGCCUCUCUAUUGCACAUAACCAAGCGGUCACGAACCUAAGCCAGGAGGAGGAGUAUUCAUUUAAGAAGAGCUUUCCCAAGGCAAUACUUUGGUCCGUGAUUCUUCUAUUUGUUAUGGGUUUCAUUGCUGGUGGGUUUAUUCUCGGAGCUGUUCACAAUGCCAUCCUUCUCAUUGUUGUCGUGGUUAUUUUUGGUGCUGUUGCCGCACUUUUUACUUGGAAUUCUUGCUGGGGUAGGAAAGCCAUAGUUAAUUUUAUCAGCCGGUAUCCUGAUGCUGAGCUUAGAACUGCUAAAAACGGCCAAUAUGUUAAAGUAUCUGGGGUAGUCACAUGUGGAAAUGUUCCUCUUGAAUCAUCAUACCAGAAGGUUCCAAGAUGUGUGUACACUUCUACAAGUUUAUAUGAAUACAGGGGAUGGGAUUCAAAGGCCGCAAAUUCCCAACAUCGCCGCUUUACUUGGGGUCUGAGAUCAGUGGAGAGGCAUGUUGUGGACUUCUAUAUCUCCGAUUUUCAGUCUGGUUUACGAGCACUGGUAAAAACCGGUUAUGGAGCAAGAGUAACCCCAUAUGUCGAUGAUUCCACUGUCAUUGAUAUCAACCCGAAUAACAAGGAUUUGUCUCCCCAAUUUCUCAGGUGGUUGGGGGAGAGGAACCUUUCAAGUGAUGGGCGUGUCAUGCGCCUCAAAGAAGGAUACAUCAAAGAAGGCAGCACUGUGAGUGUCAUGGGCGUUGUCCAAAGAAAUGACAACGUUCUGAUGAUCGUUCCUCCAUCUGAGCCGUUGUCCGCUGGUUGCCAGUGGUCCAACUGCAUACUUCCAGUGAGCCUCGAGGGUAUCGUCCUCAGGUGCGAAGAUACUUCGAAGAUCGAUGUUAUACCAGUAUAAAUGUUGGCUGUUGUUUCUGCUGAUGAAGGAGAUGAUUUUUGUAUAAUGGGUUUGAGAUCUGAGAAGUGUUGCUUUUUUUCUUUGUUUGGUUGUAUAGCUUCCUUUUUUUGGUUAAUUCUUCCUAUUUUUAGCUAGGCUUGAAAGCUUUUGUAUUUUUAACUAAGGUGUGUUAAUGAGUACUGUAAAGAGCAUCCUUGAUAUUGCUUUGAUGAGGUGGAAUGUGGAAUAUGGUAUUCUAUUGAAAAGCUCAAUAGUGUUCUUUUAUUCUUUCA